UUUGAGACCCCUGAUCUAACACAUUGAAAAUAAUACAACACCAAGAAAAGAGAACUCCUUCCAGAUGUUUCCUUGACUCCCUGGUGUUGAUCAGCUACCUGACCAACGGGCUGACGUCUCUCGAGCGUUUCCCCAUCAGCUUUAAAACCCAGUUCUCCGGACACUGCUUCCACCACGUGGUUCUGGGCGUUUACUGCAACGGGCGCUACGGGUCGCUGGGCAUGAGCCGGCGCCCCGACCUGAUGGACAAACCGCUGACUCACCGCACGCUGGGGGAACUGGUGGCCGACUUCGAGAGCUCCUACAAGAGAUACCAGCACACUCUGAAGAAGGUGAAGAUCGGCCUGUAUGUGCCUCACGACCCUCACGUCUUCCAGCCAAUCGAAUGGAAGCAUUUGGUGUUGAACGCCGCCCGACUGGGACCUCAGGAGAUGAGGAAGGAGCUGGAGAAACACGGCCGGGACAUGAGGAUGAAGAUCCUCAAAUCGUCGAGUGCCCAGUCACCAAUCAAGGAGCGGAGCCGCGGGAAAUCCUUAUCACCACGGCGACGACAGAGCACGCAACGCAGAGACAAAUCGCCGGCCUCGGUGGAGAGGAAGCCUCCGGAGCUCAGCACUCUGAACGACGGAUACCAGAUCCGCAUCUGACCCGUCCAACAUCCGUCCACUGGCGAGUCAUUUUCCACCAUCAAUGUUUCUGAGAGCACACACACACACACACACACACACACACACACACACACACACACACACACACACACACACACACACACACACACACACACACACACACACACACACACACACACACACACACACACACACACACACAACACACACACACACACACACACACACACACACAAAACAGGAAGAACUUCUAAAAGCUGAGACUCAGAGAAAAGAGAGUGACUGGAAGGAAUCCUUCAUCAUCGUCAUCAUCAUCACACACCUGAAAUUGCACAUUUCAAUCCGAGGAUAAAACGCUACCCUCUAUCACAAGAUCCGAAGAAGUGAUACCAGCGUAUUUCUAGAUUUACAACAUUUCAAUCAACUGGCAAAGGAAUUAAAGGAAGGGACAACAAAGUAUUUCCGUGACCUCCUCAGUGUCUUAAAGAAGGGCUUCAACACAAAGUGAGGAGGAAGGAAGGUAAGAUAGAUAUCCAAAUGUUUGUAUGAAGUUGUUUAGAGGGACAGGAAGCCAUGGUUGGAAUUUGACGACAAAAAUAUGUUCUUUUUUUAACAGAACGUGGAAAAAAACAUUAUUUAAUUAGUGGUUUUGGCCAGUUAUCGUGUCAAAUGAUUAGUUAUCAUGCUACUUUUAAAGCACAAUUUCCCUACAGAGAGUUUUGGAACAGGUUAUUUUUGUUGUUGUCAGUUUUCCAACAUGGCCGUCCUUCAGCCUGCAGGGAGACAGGCGUCUGUAGGAAGCAGGUUCACAGCUCAACGUGUCUCACUGUAUUCUCACACACUCGCUCAGUUACAGAAGCAGAAAGGGCUCAGUGAAGGUCCUGAAGUAACGUUUUAGUUACACUUUGACUUGUCCAAUUAAACAAGACGAGUAAUUACACUUCCAGACCGUAUUGAUCACAUUAGACGAGUGUGGAAUAAAGAGAGGACGAGUGAUGGAGGAAAUCAAAGGGGUGAGAGAGAGAGAGAGGAUUCACAGCAGGAGAUCAGAUCAUUAGAGCACUGCAGCAAACCUCCUGCACCCCCUCCUCUUCCUCCUCUUCGUAUUCUCCUCUUCCUCUGCCCUCUGUUGACAGCUAUCUGAAUACAUAAACACUGCUUUCCAGGAAACUCUGUGAACAGAAACAUGGAAAGAGUCCAUCUCAGUACAGAGGAGGAGUAAAGGCAACGACUUCGUUUCUUCAUCUAGAUUUUAAACAGCAGGUUUUUUAAUUACUGACCUUCUAAUUGGGACCUGGAGACACUUGAGCGCUUACUUUACUUUUUAAGUGAUAUCAAUAAAAUCAGUUAAACUAAA